AUGAACGGCGACAGCUACUCGUCAAGAGGCAUGGCAACAAACGCCCUACCGAGGAUUCGGAAACAUGAGACUGAUACAAACAAUCCCAUGAGCGCAGAUUCGGGCAGACAUGGCUCAUCUAGGGAUCACUAUUCCUCAAGAGACGAUCGCCGAGACAGAGAUAGGGAUCACCAACGAGGCGGCGACAGAAGACGUUCGAGGUCUCCCAGACAUCGAGAUUCAAGACGCCGCGAGCCUGAUGUAGACUCGUACUCCUCCAGCCGUGACUAUAGAGCGCGCGAACGUGAAGACCGCUACGGUCGAGAAGGCACUCGAGAUGAUAGGGCAUGGGACCGGGAUAGGGGAGACAGAGGUGGCAGAGGCGAUAGGGAAGACCGAGGAAUGUCACGGCGUGAUGCUAGGCGUGACGACUAUGAUCGCCCACCGCGGAGGGACAGAGAUCUAUUUGAGGGUCGCAUGGACCGAGGGCCAGGUGCCGGCGGCCGUGGAGGUCCCCCGAGAAGCGAUCGUGACGAAUUCGCAAUGCAAAUGGGAGGUAGAGAUAGGAAGAAGAGCGCCAGUCCUCCACCAAAGAAGAAGGAGCCCACACCUGAUCUGACUGAUACUGUACCCAUUACUGAAAGAAAGCGGAGAUUGACACAAUGGGACAUCAAGCCACCUGGCUACGAGAAUGUCACGGCAGAGCAGGCAAAACUUUCAGGCAUGUUUCCACUACCGGGCGCACCUCGCCAGCAGCCGAUGGACCCAAGCCGAUUGCAAGCUUUCAUGAACCAGCCAAGUGGUUCCGCCGGCAACGCGGCACUGAAGCCAUCAAAUGCUCGCCAGUCGAAGCGCCUGUUCGUUCACAAUCUUCCAUCAUCGGCUACGGAUGAAGGCAUUAUCAAUUUCUUCAAUCUACAGCUUAAUGGACUCAAUGUCAUAUCCGCACCAGAUCCUUGCAUAUCAGCACAAAUCUCGAAGGAUAGGACGUUCGCACUGUUGGAGUUCAAGAACCCCACCGAGGCUACCGUUGCCUUGGCAUUGGAUGGCAUCAAGAUGGAAGAUAAUGACAACAUGGAGACCUCGAAUGGCACCGCUAACGGCAGCUCUCAAGGUAUCUCGGUCCGACGGCCUAAAGACUAUAUUGUACCAUCCGUUGUCGAAGACGAGGAGUACCAAGAAGGAUUGGUGUCGCCUGUGGUACCUGACACGCCCAACAAGAUAAGCGUGGCAAAUCUUCUUCCAAGCCUGGCGGACGAACAAGUAAUGGAGCUUUUGACAGCUUUUGGACCGCUCAAAGCCUUUGUCCUAGUCAAAGAUAGUAGUACCGAGGAAUCUAGGGGUAUUGCCUUCUGCGAGUACGUCGAUCCCGCUGUCACAGACAAUGCGGUCGAUGGCCUCAAUGGUAUGGAGCUUGGUGACACGCAUCUCAAGGUUACGAGAGCUAGUAUCGGAGUCACUCAAGCUGCUGGACUUGAGAUGGGUGUCAACGCAAUGUCUAUGCUUGCGGGCACGACGUCGAACGACCUUGAUGAAGGCCGAGUCCUACAGUUGCUCAAUAUGGUCACACCAGAGGAGCUCAUUGACAAUGAGGAUUACGAAGAAAUCUGCGAGGACGUCAAGGAAGAGUGUGACAAGUACGGCGAAGUGCUUGAGAUGAAGGUCCCAAGACCUAGUGGUGGAAGUAGGCAGUCGAAUGGUGUUGGCAAGAUUUACGUCAAAUAUGACACUCCGGAUGCUGCGCGUAAGGCCCUGCAAGCACUGGCUGGUAGGAAGUUUGCAGACCGAACUGUGGUCACUACCUACUUUUCUGAAGAGAACUUCGAGGUCGGCGCCUGGUAA